GCUCUCCGGAAGGACGCCUGGGACACUGCGUGUGCGCAGACGCAGAGCUACCUCUAGGCGGAACUGGGGCGUCCCGGGCUUCGGUAACUCAAACACCCGGUGUGAAAGGAAGGUGGCAGCCGUGGGGCGGUGCGCGUGCGCGGGCGGCUCUCCGCGGUGAAAGGUUGAAAGUCGGACCCCGGCGGCCAGCUGGGCUCGGAGCGGAGCAGGGUCAGGAUGGACGAGGACGUGCUGACUACGCUGAAGAUCCUCAUCAUCGGCGAGAGUGGGGUGGGCAAGUCCAGCCUGCUCUUGAGGUUCACAGAUGAUACUUUUGAUCCAGAACUUGCAGCAACAAUAGGUGUUGACUUUAAAGUGAAAACAAUUUCAGUGGAUGGAAAUAAGGCUAAACUUGCAAUAUGGGAUACUGCUGGUCAAGAGAGAUUUAGAACAUUAACUCCCAGCUAUUAUAGAGGUGCACAGGGUGUUAUAUUAGUUUACGAUGUCACAAGAAGAGACACCUUUGUUAAACUGGAUAAUUGGUUAAAUGAAUUGGAAACAUACUGUACAAGAAAUGACAUAGUAAACAUGCUAGUUGGAAAUAAAAUUGAUAAGGAAAAUCGUGAAGUUGAUAGAAAUGAAGGCCUGAAAUUUGCACGAAAGCAUUCCAUGUUAUUUAUAGAGGCAAGUGCAAAAACCUGUGAUGGUGUACAAUGUGCCUUUGAGGAACUUGUUGAAAAGAUCAUUCAGACGCCUGGACUGUGGGAAAGUGAGAACCAGAAUAAAGGAGUCAAACUGUCACACAGGGAAGAAGGUCAUGGAGGAGGAGCCUGUGGUGGUUAUUGUUCUGUCUUAUAAACUCUGGGAAAUUCUAUCUCUUGCAUAUUUGAUCAGAUAAUGACAUCUUUCUGUAUAUAAACUCUUUAACUGCUAUUUUAGGGACCUUGCAGUUUGCACAUAAUUGUUUUGUAUCAUGGCAGUAAAUAUUUGCAAGAAAUCCCAGUCAUCGGCUUUCCCAGGUAAAAUGUUAGGGUAAGCAUGCACAGUUUGCAGUCUGUAGUUUUUUAUGUAACAUAAAAUAAGUGUACCUUUAUAAGUACAUCUGAUUUUAUGAUUUACAUUUAUCAUGUAAUUUAAAAAAAAUCCAUCUAUUUAGCAUAUGUUGAUAUAAGGUCUACUUUUGGUCUCUUUUUGCUUAAAUACUCCUAUCAAUUAUUGAAUUACCUGAUGUGUAGAACUCCUAGGACCACAGGAGGUAUACAGGUAUCAUCAAACCUGGCAAAUUUCCUUUCAGAAAUAGCAAAAAGCAUGAUUCCAUAGCUUUCUAGGGUGUUUGAGUCUCUUUUAGUACUAAGCAAAAUCUUCAUUACAGAAUGUAGCCCAGGCCAAUUAUAAUUAAAUCUCUGUUUGUUCUGAUGAUGCUUCUAAAAUAGCAUUGAUAUGUUAAAGAAGGUUGGUAUUACUUUUUAGUUUACUUCAAUGUUUAUCUCAGUUGCUUAACUGGAGUUUUAAUCCUGUGAUAUAUGUACAUUGGAUUAAUGACCCUUUGUGCAGCAUUUCUAGUUAAGUGGUGUUUGGCAAAAUGGUAAUAAGGUUUUACCCCAUUUUGGUUUCACAAGGAUAUAAACAGUGUUUAUUGUAACUCCUGUAGUGCUUUUCACUUUUAAAACCAACAACUUUUUUCAUAAAUGUUGAUAGUGUUUGUCCAGGUACUUCAAUUGUAGCUUGUGUACUUGUGUAAUGUUUAUGAAUAUUUGUAUCUUAUGGCUUCCAUAAAUGGCUAGUUGAUAUUCAAAAACCUAUUUCUGUGUUUUGAGGGAUGGGGGAAAAACACUAAAUGACAAUUUGAGAAAGGCAUAUUGCUUCCAGAUUCUGAUGUGUGUGGGAAAAUAUGUACUGUUGCAAUUAAAAUCUUGAUAAUUUUCUGUUAACAAGUAACUAAUAGUUUAUCAAAACCAACUUGUACAGACUAAUAAAUCUUUUCCACAGUAUUCAGUUUUCUAACCUCUUGCUAUUGUACAUUAUAUAUUUUUUCACUCAUAUGUUAUUUAAUUGACAUUGAUCUCUGCUAUGUUAAGCCCCCAAAUAAGUAAUUUGUUCUUUAAGCCUGAUCACUGUAAUACUCCUUUGUAAGAUUCUAAUAUUAAUUUCUGGGCAUUUAUUCUCUAAAUACAGUUGCAAAAGAUUAACAUUUUUGUGGGUUAUCUUUACAAUAUGUGUGUUAAUGGAUUUAUUCAAGUUGGGUUCUUUCUGAAAUGUACAUCGUCACAUAUGAAAAUGUCACAUUUUACUUGGUUUACACUUUUUAGUCUACAUGUGAUUAAAGGUUUCAUACAUUC